AUGUACUCCAGCAUUUCCAGGCUUGCGCAUGCGAUGUUAUAUGACCUUGUGGAUCCGGCCCUUGAGCUGUCUGAUCCGUGUCCGGACAUUCACAUGUUGUUUAUUGACUUCAACGAUCGCUUUUUCGAAGGGGCAUUGUCCAGAUGUGAGGUGAAAUGGAGUCCUAGGAUGUACUCAUGUGCUGGAGUCUGUUCAUAUGAAGGCCGAAGUGGGAUGUGCUCAGUGCGUCUGAGUUUACCGCUUUUGAAGUUGAGGCCUCGAAAGGAUCUUGUAGAAACACUGCUGCACGAAAUGAUUCAUGCGUUUCUUUUCGUCACCAAACGCGACCGCGAUAGAGAUGGUCAUGGACCUGAUUUCCAGUACCAUAUGAAUAGAAUCAAUCGGAUAGCAAACACGAAAAUCACCAUCUACCACUCUUUCCACGACGAAGUCAAUCUUUAUAAAACGCAUGUAUGGAGGUAA